UGAUAAUCUCCGGAGAUAUAGUAGAGACGGCCGGCCGGCGACGGUGAGGGUAAUUUCGGCAAACUAUAGCAUAUAGUUUGAGAUUGAGCUGGUUUUCACAUAAAUACACAGUCACACUAAUGGAAAAUGACCACGAAGGGUAAUUACGGCCAUGAUCUCUGAAUGUGAUCCUCUCUCUACUCGUUUCUCACUCAUCUCUUUUGCGUGACUAUUCAAUCCCUAACAGUUUCAGGCGUAAUCAGGUUAGAAUUGAAUGCUGUGAAGGAUUUGGUAAAGAAAUCACAAAUUUGGAUCUCUCUCUCUUUCUCUCUGCUCAUUACUUCUGAAUCGCUUUUCAUCGUCUCUAUGAUGAUAUUUAUUGCUUGAAAGACUGAUCAGAUUGGAUCAGAUUGAAUCAGAUUGACAGGGACAUCUAUUGCUGUUUGUUUCUGCACAGUUGUCUAUGGACGGACUUGCAUCGGUUUGAGUUCCUAUUCUUAUCUUAGCUAGCUAGCUAGCUAGCUAUGUGGAUAGAAUAAUAAGUGCUUCCUUUUUCGUCUCUGUAAUUUGGUAUGUGUUCCAGCUGGAGCUUCAUAUAUGAAUGAAUCCUGGUUCGCCAUUGUCCAUUGAGAAAUUGCUUGGUGGAAUGUUCUCCACGUGAAGGAAAACCUCACCUUGUUUCGUGGAGGUGGUCCAAUGGAGCUUCAGCCUAAUUCAUUAUUAGAUGGGGAUAAGUUAAAUAAACCCAUUAGGGUUCGUCAUAGAAGCAUGCAACUUGAAGAUAAUAUAGCACUUGAACCAAAUCAUAGACUGGUUUAUAUUAAUGAUCCGAGAAAAACUAAUGACAAGUAUGAGUUUUCUGGAAAUGAGAUUAGAACAAGCAAGUACACUUGCAUUAACUUCUUGCCGAAGAAUCUCUUCAUUCAGUUUCAUCGGGUAGCUUAUUUAUAUUUCUUAGUCAUUGCUGCAUUGAAUCAGCUUCCUCCACUUGCUGUUUUCGGAAGAACAGUUUCUCUUUUUCCUCUUUUGUUUGUGCUCUGUGUUACAGCUAUCAAAGAUGGUUAUGAGGAUUGGAGGAGGCAUAGGUCUGAUCACAAUGAAAAUAACAGAGAGUCCCUUGUUCUUCAAUCUGGGAAAUAUCAAUCUAAACAAUGGAAAAAGAUGAGAGCAGGGGAGGUUGUGAAGAUUUACGCCAAUGAAACAAUCCCUUGUGACAUUGUUUUGAUGGGAACAAGUGAUCCUAAUGGUAUUUCUUACAUCCAGACGAUGAAUCUGGAUGGUGAGUCUAACUUGAAGACAAGAUACGCUAGGCAAGAAACUACCUCAAUGUUACUACUUGAAGGAGGCACAUCAAUCUCAGGUUUAAUUAGAUGUGAGAUUCCAAAUAGGAAUAUCUAUGAGUUUACUGCUAACAUGGAGUUCAAUGAGCAAAGAUUCCCCUUAACUCAAUCCAACAUCAUCUUGCGUGGUUGUCAGCUGAAGAACACAGAAUGGGUAAUUGGGGUUGCGGUUUAUGCUGGACAAGACACUAAAGCGAUGAUGAACAGUGCUAUGUCCCCUUCAAAGAGAAGCAGAUUGGAAAGUUACAUGAAUAGGGAAACAUUGUGGUUGUCUGUUUUCCUAUUUACCAUGUGCUUAGUGGUUGCUCUAGGAAUGGGUCUAUGGCUUCAGAGGCACAAGGAACAACUUGAUGAUCUACCUUAUUACCGGAAAAGUUAUUAUGGAAAAGGAUUAAGGCGUUACAGGUAUUAUGGAAUUCCAAUGGAGACUUUUUUCUCCUUUCUGAGUUCUGUUAUAGUGUUCCAGAUAAUGAUACCGAUUUCCCUAUACAUCACAAUGGAGUUGGUUCGCUUGGGGCAAUCAUACUUCAUGAUUGGGGACAAGUACAUGUAUGACAGUGGCAGUGAUUCGAGGUUUCAAUGCCGAUCUUUGAAUAUAAAUGAAGAUUUAGGCCAAAUACGAUAUGUGUUUUCUGAUAAGACAGGAACACUUACUGAAAACAAAAUGGAAUUCAGAAGAGCUAGUUUGUAUGGGAAAAAUUAUAGCAACUCUUUUCUACAAGAUGCUGGUCUGCUGGAUGUGGAUCCUUUUGAAACUAAUCCAAAUCGUCAACCCCCACGGAGGUGGAGACUCAAGUCUGAAGUUCCAGUUGAUUCUGAACUCUUGGCAUUGUUGCAUGAGGACAUAGCUCGAGAUGAAAGGAUUGCUGCACAUGAAUUCUUUCUUACAUUAGCAGCAUGCAACACCGUGAUCCCCAUUCUUAGUGGAACCUUAUCUUCAGAUUGCUUGUCAGACCAAUUACUUGAUAUUGAAGCCGCCAUUGAUUAUCAGGGUGAAUCCCCAGAUGAACAGGCUCUGGUUACUGCAGCUUCUGCUUAUGGAUACACUCUUUUUGAAAGGACAUCUGGCCAUAUUGCAAUUGAUGUCAAUGGUGAGAGACUAAGGCUGGAUGUUCUGGGUCUGCAUGAGUUUGAUAGUGUGCGGAAAAGAAUGUCAGUUGUCAUUAGAUUUCCCAAUGGCUCCGUAAAGGUGCUGGUGAAAGGUGCUGAUACUUCAAUGUUGUGCAUCCUAAGCAUGGAUAACGAAAGGGAUGAGCUUGUAAGACAAACAACAGAAAGUCAUUUGACAGAAUAUUCAUCAGAAGGAUUGCGUACACUUGUUAUUGCUUCCAGAGAUCUUACCGAUGCAGAACUUGAAAAAUGGCAAGUCAUGUAUGAAGAUGCAAGCACUUCUUUGACUGACAGGUCAAGCAAACUGCGCCAAACAGCAGCUCUAGUAGAGUGUGAUUUACAUCUACUCGGGGCUACUGCAAUCGAGGACAAGCUGCAAGAGGGUGUACCUGAAGCCAUUGAAUCAUUACGACAAGCUGGAAUCAAGGUUUGGGUUCUUACUGGAGAUAAGCAAGAAACAGCCAUUUCUAUUGGUCUUUCUUGCAAGCUCCUCACAGCAGAUAUGCAGCAAAUCAUAAUAAAUGGCACAUCAGAAGUAGAAUGCAGAAAUUUACUGUUGGAAGCUAUGGUAAAAUAUGGUAUAAAAUUCACCGAUGGCAAUAAUUUCAAAUUGAAAUGGGAAAAAACUGCAGAAAAUGACUUCUUUGGGCUUCCUAUAGAUGAUAAAUCUCCCGAUGCUGGAAGUGCUACUCCACUUGCGCUGAUUAUUGAUGGAAACAGUUUGGUGUACAUACUGGAGAAAGAUUUGGAAUCUGAGCUAUUCGCCCUUGCAACUUCAUGUAAGGUUGUCAUUUGCUGCCGUGUUGCACCGCUACAGAAGGCUGGAAUCGUUGACCUUGUAAAAAGCCGGACUGAUGAUAUGACAUUGGCUAUAGGUGAUGGAGCAAACGACGUUUCUAUGAUCCAAAUGGCUGAUGUUGGCAUCGGGAUAUGUGGUCAAGAAGGACGUCAAGCAGUGAUGGCCUCAGACUUUGCUAUGGGUCAGUUUCAUUUUCUGAAAAGGUUACUGUUGGUGCAUGGACACUGGAAUUAUCAGCGUAUUGGUUAUCUGGUUCUUUACAACUUCUAUAGGAAUGCAGUCUUCGUCUUGAUGCUCUUCUGGUAUGUAUUGACCACAGCAUUCUCAACAACUUCUGCAUUAACAGAUUGGAGUAGUGUAUUGUACUCAGUUAUAUAUACUUCAAUACCUACGAUGGUUGUUGGCAUUCUCGACAAGGACCUUAGCCAUAAGACUCUACUGCAGUACCCAAAGCUUUACGGUGCAGGUCACAGACAAGAGAGUUACAAUAUGUAUCUUUUCUGGAUCACAAUGCUCGACACUCUCUGGCAGAGCCUUGUUCUCUUCUACAUUCCCCUAAUCACGUAUAAAGAUAGCACAAUCGACAUAUGGAGCAUUGGUAGCUUGUGGACUAUCGCAGUUGUAAUCCUAGUAAACAUGCAUUUGGCAAUGGAUAUCCAACGGUGGUUACUACUUACUCAUGUUGCAGUAUGGGGAUCUAUAGUUAUUACUUAUGCUUGUGUCGUAGCAUUGGAUUCCAUACCCUUGCUCCCAAAUUACGGGACAAUAUACCAAUUGGCAAAGUCACCUACUUACUGGAUCUCAAUCCUUCUAAUCGUGGUCUUAGCAUUGCUUCCUCGUUUUAUUUUCAAAUCAGUACAUCAAAUAUUUUGGCCUUCUGAUAUUCAGAUAGCUAGAGAAGCGGAAAUUGUUGGUGAACAACCCAAUGAGUUUUGGUCAAAGCCAAUUCAAGGUUCAAGUUAAUUUUGUAUUGUAUGGAUUAGAUGAGUUAAAAUAGCAAAUUGCUAGGACUCCAGAUGUGCCUUCUCAUCAUUGUGCAAAUCUGUAAGAUGAAGCUGGAAGCACUUAGUGGACAAAGGAUAAUGGAAUUGCCAAUUUGCCACCAAAUGCAAAAAUAGAGGUAAGAGUUUCACACUAUAAUCAUUAUUUUCAUGCCUGUUUUUUAUGGGGUUUGAUUUGAUGGGAAUAUCUUGAUGAGAAGAAAGAAUUGACAGUGUAUAGUGAGGCUUCAGUUGAGUUCAACAUAGUAGUAAAUUUCAGUUGUAAAAUUAAAUAACAGAAUAUUCUAUAUAUAUAUUAACUUGUGUGAUUAUUAUUUGGUGAAAGAAAAGUUUGUUUUUGU